GUGUUAUAAGCUAACACAGUUGAGGAGAGGAAGCACAUCAUUUUUCUGACCCUUGAAAGGAGAGCAUAGCUCUGUAAUGGUUCCCCCCAGCUAAUCUGGUGCCAUAUGAAACACUGAACAAACGAUUUCGAGCUGCACAAAAAAACAUUGAUCGAGAGACCAGCCACGUUACCAUGGUGGUGGCAGAGCUGGAGAAGACGCUGAGCAGUUGUCCUGCUGUGGAUUCAGUUGUUAGUCUCCUGGAUGGAGUAGUUGAAAAACUCAGCGUUCUGAAACGCAAGGCAGUUGAAUCAAUCCAGGCUGAAGAUGAAAGCGCAAAGCUCUGCAAACGUAGGAUUGAGCACCUGAAAGAGCACAGUAGUGACCAGCCAGCUGCUGCCAACAUGUGGAAGAAGAAACGUAUGGAUCGUAUGAUGGUGGAACACCUUUUACGCUGCGGCUACUACAACACAGCUGUAAAACUAGCCAGACAAAGUGGGAUUGAGGACUUGGUAAAUAUUGAGAUGUUUUUGACUGCUAAAGAAGUGGAAGAGUCAUUGGAAAGACAGGAGACUAUGACUUGCUUGGCUUGGUGUCACGACAACAAAUCCAGACUCAGAAAAAUGAAGAGCUGUCUGGAGUUCAGCCUAAGGAUUCAGGAGUUCAUUGAACUCAUUCGACAGAACAAGAGACUGGAUGCUGUGAGACAUGCAAGAAAGCAUUUCAGCCAGGCUGAGGGAAGCCAGCUGGAUGAGGUUCGACAAGUGAUGGGAAUGUUGGCCUUUCCUUCAGACACUCAUAUCUCUCCCUAUAAGGAUCUCUUGGACCCUGCUCGAUGGAGAAUGCUGAUCCAACAGUUUAGAUAUGAUAACUACAGACUACAUCAGCUGGGAAACAAUUCUGUUUUUACUAUAACACUCCAGGCAGGCCUUUCAGCUAUAAAAACACCACAGUGUUAUAAAGAGGAUGGGAGCUCAAAAAACCCUGACUGCCCUGUGUGUAGCAAAUCCCUGAACAAGCUGGCUCAGCCUCUGCCUAUGGCACAUUGUGCCAACUCCCGACUAGUCUGCAAGAUUUCAGGGGAUGUAAUGAACGAAAAUAAUCCUCCUAUGAUGUUACCAAAUGGAUAUGUCUAUGGAUACAAUUCUCUGCUUUCUAUUCGUCAAGAUGACAAAGUAAUUUGCCCAAGAACCAAAGAAGUCUUCAACUUCUCACAAGCUGAGAAAGUCUACAUCAUGUAGGUCCGUAAAACACGUGAUGAAGUGCCGCUGGAAUUUUGACACAGUGUAUCUUGGCAUACCCUGAAAAGGGGAGGGCCUUAAUGUGUGGCAAAGAAGCAAAACCUGCCACCUGGGGGAUCAGACCUGUCGGUGGCAUUGUUGUUUCUUGCGACCAAAGAUCAAUGAGCAACAAUAAACACUCUUUAAAAAGAAAAAAAAAAAAGAGGAAUUACGACUUAAGUUUGUACUUGAAUAAAAAAAACAAAUUUUGAUUGUUAAGGUUUUGUAACAUAAGGUCAAAAAUUGGACUCUUCUCAAAAGUACUUUCAUCUUCUAAAGGAUAACUUUCUUUAAAGAUGGACACUUGCACUGGGGGAAAAGUUACAACAGAUUUGAAAUGAAAUCCAUUUUUCUUCCCUCUUUUUCACAAUUGUCCAAGACCCUUUUGUUAUCAAAGAUUUCAGUCCUACCAACAUGUUCUCCUUUAAGCUCCUCUUUGCCUUCUUUAUGAUCCUCUCGUGAAGUAAUCCAGAACAUGAAUGAUGUAACUUAUUUCCAUGGGAAGAUAUUUUCGAUGUCUUUGACACAAGGACUGGCUUCUCUGGAGGAUCAACUAGGGACUGGUUUGAAGGAGUAUGAAGUCUUUUUCCAAACCCAAAUAUUUUAAGGAGGUUGCAUAAGUAUCAAGAGGAACUGAGAACAUUUCAGGCAAAAUCCAAUGCUUGUUUAAAUGUUCUUUUUCCAGUCUACCAUAGUGUUAAAGUCCUUCUAAAGUUAUUAGUUAUGUGCAUAGGGUUCAAUAUGAAAUCAUUAGUGCUACUGCCUUAUUUCUUGCUUUGAGAAUGUACUCACAUGACAAUGAGCUGGUAUUAAGUGUUGGACGAAGUUUCUGAAGAUGCCUUGCAGGAUGAUUACAUAAUUUUAGGGUCUAAAUAGUAUUCAUUACUGAAACUAAUAGUUCAAUUUUAACAACUGCAGAACACAUCCUUAUGACUUUUCAAGAGAAUCAAACCAUCGUAGUUUAAACAAAACCAUAUUGUAGAGGUUUGUAUUUAGCGCUUAUUUUUGCAUGUUGAUGUUGAUUAGCUAAUAAAAGAUUGUAAAUGUAAAACAUGUUAA